GAGCACACCCCCUUUCGCACUGAGAAUAGUCAGUUGCCGGCAAGCACACACCUGCAGGACCUGGCUCUCCGCCCCUCCCCGCCGCCGACGACAUGGACGACUUCCAGAGUGACACCGACAGCGACUACACGAGUUACUGGCGCGACUGGUUCAUCUCUUCCCGAGGCAACGAAUACUUCUGCGAGAUUGACGAGGACUAUUUAACGGAUCGUUUCAAUCUUACUGGGCUCAAUACCGAAGUACAAUAUUACCAGUAUGCUCUGGAUCUGGUCACCGACGUCUUCGACAUGGAAGUCGACGAUGAUAUGCGGGAACAGAUCGAGAAGAGUGCCAGGCAUCUCUAUGGCCUUGUGCACGCUCGCUAUAUUGUUACGACUAGGGGUCUUGCAAAGAUGAUGGAGAAAUUCAAGCAAGGAGUCUUUGGCAAGUGCCCGCGUGUGAUAUGCGAAUCGCAGCAUCUCCUGCCCAUGGGUCAACACGAUAUUCCCAACACAUCCAACGUGAAGCUCUACUGUGCCAAGUGUGAGGACAUCUACAAUCCGAAAUCGUCACGGCAUAACAGCAUAGAUGGCGCAUACUUUGGCACGUCUUUUCACAACAUUCUCUUCCAAGUCUAUCCAGCGCUCCAGCCACAAAAGACGCAGCGCAGAUACGAGCCGAGGAUCUAUGGCUUCCGAGUGCAUGCCAGCGCGGCGCUGAUGAGAUGGCAAGAGGAACGCAGAGAGGAGAUGAAAGAUCGCCUCCGUGCAAGGCAAAUAGAGACCGGGUUUGAGGAAGAAGACGAGGUCGACGAAGAGAUCGAGUCGGACGAUGAUGAAGUGGAUGAAGAGCAGCAGGAUGGUAUUGAUGACAUGUUUGAAAUGCAACCAGCGCAGGCCGUGCAGUAGACAUGGCAUGAACGACAGCUCCCUCUUAGGCUCCCGUGGAGCUGACAAGAAGAAAGGACGGUAACUGCGGAAGAUCAUGGCUGUGCUCAGCCAGACGAACAUAACGAUCGCUCAUUAAAGGACGUACUAAGGUAUACAUCCUUGGAACAGUACUCGAUCACGAGUGCCACGAUGGUGCUCCCAGUUGCUUGACAUUGAGCCUCACCAUCCCGCCUGGACAAGUCAGAUACUUCAGUAAGAUGUUGUCUAUCGAUGAUGCCGCUGACUUGGGCACGCGAGCGAAGGCAGAUGGGGAGUAGGCAGCUAGAAAUCGGGUCAGAACAAACGACGGCGCGACAGAGCUUUAGAGGCUCGACUUGAUCGCGCCGGCCUCCCGUGGUGCGAUCAGAAUUGGCUUGAUUGAGGAGUGCAGUCAUGGCUGGAGAAGCAGCAUGGAUUGUGGUGCAGGGAUAUAUUGCAUAGGUAGCGUUCACCUUGAGCACGCAAAGACAGAAUACAGUUCUCUUUUU